UUGGGCAUGUCAGAAUCCAACAUCCUCAUCACUCAGGGCAACCUUGCGAACUCGUAUGCAAUGCUUGGACGGUCUGAAGAGGGUCUACGCCUGCGGCGAGAUGUAUACUCUGGGUGGCUGAGCCUCGAGGGCGAGGAAGAUCCAACAACGCUGAUAGAAGCCAGCAACUACGCGAAUAGCCUUAUUGAUCUACAACGCUUCGAAGAAGCCAAGUCGCUGCUGCGCAAAACGACACCCGUGACGCGACGCGUUCUCGGCGAGAGUCAAGAACUCACGCUCAAGAUGAGGUGGAAUUACGCGGUGGCGCUCUGCAAGGACGCCAGCGCCACGCUCGACGAUCUCCGCGAAAGCGUGACGACGUUCGAGGAGAUAGGACGGACCGCGCGGCGGGUGCUCGGCGGUGCGCACCCGACCACAACGGGGAUCGAGGAUGAGCUGCGAAACGCGCGAGCCGCGCUCCGCGCCCGCGAGACGCCGUCGCCGGGAAGGCGCCCGCGAGACGCAGUCGCCGGGAAGGCCGUAGACAACGCCUAA